AUGUUUGCAUUUCACAAGGGUCUCUUCUUGUUGGUGGCAUCUGCCUUGUCCCUUUUCGUCUUUCUGAUGAUAGGAAGCAUGUCCCAUGCAGGACCAACAUCAAUCUCCAUCACCACUGGAGCUUUAUCAGAGAAACAACAACAGAAAUUCAUUGUUCCUCGGAUCAAGAAAAUCAAUGCUCCCUAUUCUGAGUGGGCUCAUCAUCAUUUGGUGUGGAUGAACGGUGAAAGUCAAAGUCAACAAGCAUUGUUGAAACUUGUUUCCACCUAUUCUCAAAAUGAUAUUCCAGUUGGAGCUGUGGAUUUGGAAGCAAGAUGGUCGAAAGGAAUUAAUAGUUUUGUGCCUGAUCAGUAA